AUUCUACCAUCACAAACUAAUCAUUUACAUCUCAAAUUCUUUCUUUUAUUCAAAUCUUUUUUUAUUAGUUUAUUAAUUAACAAGAUGGUAAGUGCCAAGAAUCUCCUUAAAUUGGCAAAGAGAUGGCGGAAACUCGCCGCUAUUAGCCGAAAACGCAUCACAUCAACUCAAACCAUUGCUACUACGGAUUCAACUAGUUCAUCAAAAGUCGAAAAAGGUCAUUUUGUAGUUUACUCCGCUGAUCAGAAGCGUUUCUUGUUGCCGUUAGAGUAUCUUAACAACGAACUAGUUCGAGAGCUAUUCGAUAUGGCGGAAGACGAGUUUGGAUUGCCUAGCAAUGGACCUCUUACAUUACCGUGUGACGCAGAGCUAAUGGAAUAUGCAAUUUGUUUGAUAAAAAAGAAGGCUGCAAGAGACGUAGAACAAGCCUUGCUGACUUCUAUAGCUUGCAGCUGCUUCUCAUCGUCAUUGCAUCAAACGACAAUCCACCAGUUAUCGAUUUCUAGCUUUUGAAUAUGUAGAGUUACAUUUGUAGACAUAGUUCACCAUGCAGACUACUAUUAUAAAUCA